AUGCAGACCACUCAGGCAUUGCAUUCACACCGCGUCGACGACGGGCUAGAGGCCGACGACGAUUCCCGUCAUUUGCGUCGUCAGGAUUCCCACGACGGUGGGUACCUGCACCCGUCCAGCUCAUUCGAACACCAUGGCCAUAGCUCCGCCGCGAGCAACGUGGAUGAUUCCGAAGGCGACGUGAGUACCGUCAUUUAUGACGGGGGUUCUGCGCGAACCGCAGUUCUGGCGCCCGCGCCAGAAAUCGGCCACUGUCGCCGAUCCUCGGUCGAUAGAAUCGACGACGACAGUAGCGAGGAUGGUGAUGACGAUCUGGAUGAACCCGAUCGCGCACCCUCACCCGGCGAUGAGAAACCAGUCACCUGGGCCUCGCUGCCGAAGAAGGGACAACUGGCGAUCAUCACGGUUGCCCGUCUAUCGGAGCCACUCGCCCAAACCUCGCUCCAGGCCUACUUGUUCUACCAGCUCAAGUCCUUUGACCCUUCUCUACCGGAUUCGGCCAUUUCGUCACAAGCAGGUAUUCUGCAGGGUAGUUUCACGGCAGCCCAGUUUGUGACUGCGGUCUGGUGGGGUCGGUUGGCCGAUGCCGACUGGAUGGGACGGAAAAGGGUUUUACUGAUCGGGUUGACGGGGACAUGCCUCUCGACCCUCGGAUUCGGUUUUUCACGCUCCUUCGUCUCGGCAGCCAUAUUUCGUACAUUAGGCGGUGCAUUAAACAGCAACAUUGGAGUCAUGAGGACCAUGAUUGCAGAAAUCACACAAGAGAAAAAGUAUCAAUCACGAGCUCUUCUCCUUCUGCCUAUGUGUUUCAAUAUCGGUGUGAUCAUCGGCCCGAUCCUAGGGGGUAUGCUAGCCGACCCCGUGAAUAGCUACCCAGACGUGCUAGGUCCUGGUACUUUUCUCGGCGGCAAGAACGGGGUUUGGUGGAUGGAGCACUGGCCAUAUGCGCUACCAAAUAUUCUCAUUGCUCUAUAUUUACUGUCUUCAAUUGUCGCUGUGUUUCUAGGCUUGGAAGAGACCCAUGAAGUGGCACGUUAUCGAGAAGAUUGGGGCCGCAAGUUGGGACGAAGACUAGGGAAUGUUUUCACCAGACAUCGGGUACCAAAAUACUACCGGCCUUUACGCAACUACGAGGAGGACGAUGGGGACCUUUUCCACGAAGGAAGUGUCACUUCGCGAUCUCUUCCUACCAGUCCAUCUCGCGCUCGGGCCCGGGCCAUGCGCCAUCAGCGCCCGAGUUUCCAGCAGAUCUGGACCCGCAACGUUGUUCUCACGCUGUUUGUACAGUUCCUGUUGUCGAUCCACACCAGCGCGUUCAAUUCCAUGACGUUUGUCUUCCUACCCACGCCCCGGGCUCCUGAAGACAGUCACCACGGGUUCUUCCAUUUCGGCGGCGGUCUCGGUCUGUCAUCGUCACGUGUCGGUCUCGCCACAGCCAUCAUUGGAGUCAUCGGCCUGCCCUUGCAACUUUUCGUCUACCCGGCUGUCCAGGAGCGACUGGGGACGUUGACUUCCUUCCGGAUCUUCUUGCCCUUCUCACCGCUCGCCUAUGCUCUGAUGCCGUUCCUGGUGCUCAUUCCUCGGCUUGCAUGGCUUGUCUGGCCCUCGUUCACGGUUGUCAUCGCCAUCCAGGUCAUCUCGCGCACGUUCGCCUUGCCGGCUUCUGUAAUCCUAGUGCAGAACUGCGUCACCGACUCCACCGUCCUGGGUACGGUGAACGGUUUCGCACAAAGCGUCAUGAGCGCGGCGCGUACCUUGGGCCCCCUUCUUGGUGGCUGGGGCUUGGGCUUGGGCCUCGCCAAUAAUAUGGUCGGGGCUGUGUGGUGGGCGCUUGCCAUUGAAGCCGGCCUGGGCUGGAUUCUGCUCUGGUAUAUCUACGAGGGCCAGGGGAUCGACAGAAGCAAGAACACCCUGGAAGAAGAAGAAGAAGACGAAGACGAGGAGUGA